CGCCACCGUCCCCGCUCACCGCCACCCCACCACGGCCGACGUCGCUCGCCCCUCGCCCCGGCCUCUCUCAAUCCGCGUCCAUCCUCGUCCAGAGCGGCACCGUCAAGCGGCAUCAGCAGCCCGCAGCGCGCAGGCAAACUCGACGCAGCCUCUCGCUCGUUCCUUCAGCCAAACGCGAGAUAUGCCCAUCCAGACGACUGACACGGCCCCAGUGGCCCAGAAGGAAUCGCGCCCAGUUCAGGUGGAGUCUGGAUCUGGAACAGAAUCGGACAGCGAUGAGUCCAUCCCUGAAUUGGAGGAGCAAACAGACUCCACAUCACAGGCCCAUUCUCAGCAAGCACAGCUGGCAGCUGCGGCAGAGCUGAACGAAGAGUUGGUGAGCAAGGCCAAGCAGAGCCGCAGCGAGAAGAAGGCCCGUAAGGCCAUGUCAAAGUUGGGGCUGCGCCAGGUGGGCGGUGUGACGCGCGUCACCAUCCGGAAGUCCAAGAACAUUCUCUUCGUUAUCACCAAGCCUGAUGUGUACAAGAGCCCCGCCUCGGACACCUACAUCGUCUUUGGAGAGGCUAAGAUUGAAGACCUGUCCCAGCAGGCGCAGAUGGCAGCGGCUGAGAAGUUUAAGGUUCCCGGGGAGGCAGCCCCGGGCGUGCAGGAGCGCGUGCAGCCACCCCCCGUGCCCGAGGAGAGCGAGGAAGAGGAGGAGGUGGACGAGACUGGCGUGGAAGCCAAGGACAUCGAGCUGGUGAUGUCGCAGGCCAAUGUGUCACGCUCAAAGGCUGUGCGUGCACUCAAGAACAACAGCAACGACAUUGUUAACGCCAUCAUGGAAUUAACAAUGUAGUGCCCGUGACAUCUCGGAGUGGACUGCCAUCUCCACGUUUUUACUCCGUGUCUCAAUAAAUACGAACAUAUUUAUCACAA